AUGUUUGCACCUCUCCAUCAACUACCAGAUGACGACGAGUACAACAUCCCGCGUUCUCCCAGUGAAGCAGAGGAGGAGGAGGAAGAAGGGAACGCAAAGCGCUUCUUGCCCUGCCUCACCAAAGUCACUCUACUAGGGACCCUCUUCCUCGUCCUCCUCAUGAGCGUUCUCCUGGUGGGUGACAUUUCCUCUCGCAGCUCUCCUAUCUGCCAAGCCGAGGUCAUCAUUGUACGCCAUGGUGAGAAGCCAGCAGACUCCUCCGACAACGGUCUGAGCAUGGUCGGGCAUGCACGUGCCGUCUACAUCUCCAACUGCUCGCUGCACGUGUCAAGGAUCCUAGACAGAGGACCUCCGAACCGCCUCGUCGCAGCGAGGACAGAGCCAGGUAAGAGCUCUCGAGCCUUCGACACGCUCCUCCCCCUCUCCGAGCAGCUCGGGCUGCCGGUGGAGAGCUCCAUCGGCAAGAAAGACAUGUCGUCUCUCCUACUCCUCCUCAGCUCUCUCUCCUGCGGCGACACUGCCCUCGUCUCCUGGCACCAUGAGCUCAUCCCAGACAUCGUUCGCUCCCUCGGCGCUCCCAACGCCGAGGACUUUGCGGCCUGGCCCGAUCAGUGCCCGUCGGAGAGCUGGCCGGAGCCUUCGUGGCUGCCGGGGAACAGCGUGUGCUACGAUGAGGUGUGGAAAGUGAGGAUAACGGCAGCGGGCAAGACGGCGGGCAGGAGGAAGAAGAAGCUGAAGGGGAAACUGCGAGGAUGGUACGCGGGGAACGUAGAGAGAUUUCAACAAGGGUUUGCAGGAGUUGCAGGAGGGAGAUGCCGACAAGACUUUCAGAGGAUAUCAUAA